CAGGCACAAAAGCUUGCCGAGGAUCAGGGCCUCGUCCUGAUGACCACAGUCGCCAUGCCUGUGUUUAGUAAGCAGAAUGAAACCAGAUCGAAGGGCAUUCUUCUGGGUGUGGUCGGCACCGAUGUCCCAGUAAAAGAGCUUCUGAAGACCAUUCCCAAGUACAAGUUAGGGAUUCACGGUUAUGCCUUUGCAAUCACGAAUAAUGGAUAUAUCCUGACGCAUCCAGAACUCAGACCACUGUACGAAGAAGGAAAGAAGCGAAGGAAACCUAACUACAGUAGCGUUGACCUCUCUGAGGUGGAGUGGGAAGACCGGGAUGAUGUGUUAAGAAAUGCCAUGGUAAACAGGAAGACUGGGAAGUUCUCCAUGGAGGUGAAGAAGACAGUGGACAAAGGGAAACGGGUUUUGGUGAUGACAAAUGACUACUAUUAUACAGACAUCAAGGGUACUCCUUUCAGCUUAGGUGUGGCGCUCUCCAGAGGUCACGGGAAAUACUUCUUCCGAGGGAAUGUAACCAUUGAAGAAGGCCUGCAUGACUUAGAGCACCCUGAUGUGUCCUUGGCAGAUGAAUGGUCCUACUGCAACACUGACCUACACCCGGAACACCGUCAUCUGUCUCAGCUAGAAGCUAUUAAGCUCUACCUCAAAGGCAAAGAACCUCUGCUCCAAUGUGAUAAAGAAUUGAUACAAGAAGUCCUAUUUGAUGCCGUGGUGAGCGCUCCCAUUGAAGCCUAUUGGACCAGUCUCGCCCUCAACAAAUCCGAGAAUUCUGACAAGGGCGUGGAGGUUGCCUUCCUUGGCACUCGUACUGGCCUCUCGAGGAUCAACCUGUUUGUUGGGGCUGAGCAGCUCACCAAUCAGGACUUCCUGAAAGCUGGAGACAAGGAGAAUAUUUUUAAUGCAGACCAUUUCCCUCUCUGGUACCGAAGAGCUGCUGAGCAGAUUCCUGGGAGUUUUGUCUACUCCAUCCCAUUCAGCACAGGAAUAGUCAACAAAAGCAACGUGGUGACAGCAAGUACCUCCAUCCAGCUCCUGGAUGAACGGAAAUCUCCUGUGGUGGCAGCUGUAGGCAUUCAGAUGAAACUUGAAUUUUUCCAGAGGAAGUUCUGGACCGCCAGCAGACAGUGUGCCUCUCUGGAUGGAAAAUGCUCCAUCAGCUGUGAUGAUGAG